CUACUACUGUUCUCAGGCUUCUCUCUGUACUGUCAACCGAACAUGUAGAUUUUGAACUACUGGAAUGCAAGACAACCGAAUACUAAAAGUUGAAAGGGGGUGCACUCGGUGCACACUCAUAGCGUUUUUCAUUGGGAUGCACUGAGUGCGCAUUAGGAACUCGUGGAAUUUAGGCGACACUACCCGAGUUUACCGACAGUGCAAGUUUUUUUGCACGCCCAAUGAAACACUCAUGACUUGAUGAGUGCGCAUAAGAACCGAUUCGCCUCGGAUUGAAAGAAAAUAUAUGCAUUAAGGUAAACUUCACUAUGGAACAAUCAGAAGAAUUAAGCAUUUCUUUCAAAGUCAAUAAUGACAUGCUCUCGUUAAAACUUCUAUCAAGUGAAACAGAGUUAUAUAAUAAAUUAAUGAAUGACGAUACCUACAGCAUACAAUAUAUAAAACUUGUGAUUAAAAAUGGAUUGUGUGUUCUACAUGGAAGCGAAAAUCAGAAAAUUGAAGAAAUAUCUCGAGUGAUUGAAGAUGAAGAACAAUUGAUAUUCCACGCGAAUAGUCAUGGUGAUAAUCGCAGCAAUGAAGAUCAGCUAUCGGAGUAUAAUAAAGAAAAUGAAGCACUCAUGUUUGAAUCCUUUGAAUCACAGGAGUAUGAUCAGAAUGAAUCACAAUCGCAGGAGUACGAUAAAAAAGGAAAGAAGAGUAGCGAUUACUGGAGCAAUUCAGGAACACCGUUUCUUCUCGAUAAAUAUGAAACAUAUAUGUCGGAUAUUGGUCCCAUGAAAAAAUUCAAAACUAAAAAAUUGAUGUGGGCGCAAAUUUCAAAAGAUAUGCUGACGAUGUUGGACGUAUUAAAAACUCCUCUUCAAGUUGAAAAUCGGUAUAAACCGUUCUCAAAAGGAAAAAAAAAAGCAGUUGAGAACAACUCUAAAUCAGGCAGCUCUAGAGAGGAUGUACCAUUCGAAGAAGAAUUGCGUAAAAUUGCUCAUUCGGACGAUAGUAUUGAGCCGAGGUGUUGCGAAAUGCAAGGAGCGUUAAAUAUCCUAAAUUGAAUACAAGAAUGUCGGAAGAAAUCUGCAAUGAUAGUGCCUCUACACAUUCUACUGAUAGCUCACCACCGAAGACAAAAAAAUCGAAACCAAGUGAUAUUGAUAAAAGGAUGGAAUACUGGAAAAAUAAAGAAGCGGGCAAAAGAAAGACGUCACCAAGAAAAGUUGAAUUUAAUACGGGAGUUGUUCGCCAAACAAAAGUAGCGGGAACUAAAGUAAGGUGAUA